AUGAUUAAUCCAAUAUUGCGAGAAUAUCGUGAAGCAAUUGAUAGCAUAAUGAACGAUCCAAUUAGAUCAUUUCGGAGUAUCUCACUGAUAGCAACCAUUCUUUCACCAGUGCUAUUAAAUGCCCAAAGACGGUUGUUGUUACGGGUUUGCUUGGUUGCAGCACUACUUUCUCGUUUGGCAAUGGAGAAUUUGGUUCAACCGUAUCUCCUGAAGCGACUUAAGGAAUUACGUCGGCUUGCUUGUAAUGCUUUCAAAGAAGUUUUCUAUGUAUGUCAAAAUCUCACGCUUGAGGCCGAUGAGAUCAAUGCGUUUUUGGUGUAUAUUGUUGUCCCGCAGUGCACCUAUCAUGAUGAUGGCUCUUCAAAAGUUCCAUUUAAUCUUCUGCGAUUGUUUCUUUCAUGGACAUCGAUCCCAAAGCUCUUCUAUCUCUUGCGUCUCCAAAUUCCAUCAACCAGUAGCAGUACCGUGCCACACUCAUUGCUUUCAAUUCUGUGCAGCAUGCUCUCAUCGAAAAGUGUUAAGAAGUUGAUGAAAGAGAAAAUCAUUGACGGUUUGCUGAAUUUGCUUACUUUGGCAGAUGAGGUUAUGCCUGAUCCAGUGGAUACAGAUGUCAACCUAACGAAACUUCAAAAAAUUCCUGGUUUAAAUAGUGGAACUUCUAUGGUACUUUCUGAAUUGCCGAAGCUUUUGGCAUUUAUUUUUGAUUCCUUGCCUCUGCAAGGUGAAAAUCGUAAACUUAAUACGAAACAUUUGAAAAUUUUGAAUAGAAUAAGUGAAUUCAUACAAGAUGAAGAAAUGAUCAGACGAUAUGUUUCAAUUCUACUAGUGUUUCUGGAAUCAGGAAUUGUACGUUCUCAGGAUGCUGUUCAAUCUUCCCUUUUAACUGUUUUACGGUUGAUUACUGUAACAACAGAUGCGGUCCAGUUUUUGAAAAAUCUUAUAAAUAUGCAGUCUUUACUAAAAGAACGUCCGUAUCGUGAAACUCUACAAAAAAUUGAAGAAGUCAUAGUAAUGAAGCUAAGGGAAAGCGAUAAGAGGAAAGCGGAGUUACUUAGUUAUGUGGUAAGUCUAGAUGCAUGGGAUGGAAGACGAAUUGAUGAGCCGGACUAUGACAAACGACACAGUGCCUAUGCAAAUCUCCUUAAGGCUUUAACAACAGGCGAAGUAAUUGAGCCGGUAUUACUCUACUUGCAAUUGCAUAAUGAUUAUUAUGUUAUUCUUCAGAUGAACGAUAUUUCAUUGCGCUCAGCGGCAACCAAAAAUUUCCACAGUGUCAUCGAAUACUUUGGAAGAUGUAAUAUGAAUGAGCGUGAAAAACAAGAUGGAAUUGAUUCUCAUGUAUUACCUCUUGUUAUAAAGGGCUUGCAUGAUCCGAAAGAGGUAAUACGCCAUGAUUUUGCAAAUCUUCUGGUUUCGAUGAUUGCUUGUUUUCCGGCACACAGACAUCUUCGCCAUCUUGAAUCACUUAGGAAUACUGCAGAAGUUGAUGUGGACUUUUUCGAGAACGUUACUCAUAUGCAAAUUCAUCGACGACAACGUGCAUUUUGCAAACUUACUCAAAACCUGCAGUCAGAAAAAAUUCGCAUUCCAAAUGUAGUUUUGCUUCGCUUUGUGCUGCCCCUUCUGCAACCUUACGUGAUGAAUUUAUCCAGUAGUACGUCGGCUCUUAGUGACGCUGCUUUGGCACUUUUUACACAAAUAAUGCGUGGUGCGCCGUGGAAAAAAUACUUUCCAAUGUUGGAUUUCUAUAUGAAGCGUUUGAAAAAAGAAAGCGUUAAUAUUAAUCACAAAGCAAUUAUAAGGGUCAUUGUUGCCCUUGUGGAUGCUUUUCACUUUGAUGUUUCCGAUGGAAAACAACAAGAACCUAUUAUAAAGCGGAAAAAAACGAAUGACGAGUUGGAAAUUCAAGCAAGUGAUAUACCUAACGACUGGGUAAAAGUUGGAAUUGAAGGAGUCGCAGCUGAAAUGGAUGCUAGCGACACAUUAAAAGAAUGCACUUCAUCGAUACAUCAAAAGGUUGUCGGGUAUUUGAUACCACGACUGAAAGACUGCGCUACUGGCAAAGAUUUAGUAUCUCAUCGAAAAGCCCAAUCUGGGAAAUAUUAUAGAGAAGACGACGACAUACAAAGGGCUCCUAUUGCUUUGGCUACUGUUAAAUUGCUUCAAAAAAUGCCACAAAAAGUUAUGGACAAUAAUUUGCCUGGUGUGAUAAUCAAGAAUUGCUCUUUGUUGAUGUCGCGAUCAACUGGUGUGCGGGAAGUAGCGGGUAAGACUAUUAUCGAAAUUGCUAAAAUUUUGGGUCCCAAAUAUAUUCGUUUCAUAAUACGAGAAAUGAAACAAACUAUGAGAAAGGGAUAUCAGCUUCAUGUAAUGAUUUUCUAUGUGCACAAGCUAUUGUCAGCUAUGGAGGAGCAACUUUGUGCUGGUGACCUAGAUUCGUGUUUAAUGGACAUCGUUGAUGUAUGUACCAUGGAUUUAUUUGGUAGUGUAGCUGAAGAAAAAACUGUAUCUGGCAUUACCAAAGAUGUACCAGAAGCAAAAAUACAGCGAACCUAUGAGACAUACAGAUUACUAGGCCGAUAUAUAAGCCCCCAGUAUCUUGGGAGCGUCUUAGUAGUCUUGAAAAAGCUUGUAGAAUCUGCACCAGAUGCGAAAACAGUGCGAAAAGUAAAUCGUUUGUUGUGGCAGUAUUCACUAGGGAUAUCGACUAACGAAGGAAUUGAACCUGAAGUCGCGUUGAUAUUUGUAUAUCAAGUUUUAAAUGAUCAAAUAACAGAAGUUCUGAAGGAGACCAAAAUCGAUGUUCCACAAAUUACGCAACAAACAAAGGAAGGAAAACGUCCCGAAAGUUGCUUGGUUUUGGAAAAAGAACCUAAUCGUGUGGGAGUAAUUGUCAAAGUGUCGACGAAGAGUAGAAUGCUCAUUUUUGUUGAAUUUGGCCUCUCUGAGCUGCAUUUAGUGUUGAAAAAAAAGGCUUUUGAUGUGGAAUCCAAGGAUGACAUUGCACGAUUGGAUCCAUUUGUCGAUAUUAUUUUACAGUGUCUAAAGCUAAAAUAUGAUAAGAUCCUUGUGCAUUCCCUACGUUGCUUCCUAAUAUUACUCAGAUUCCCUCUUCCUUCACUGCGAUCUAUUAUGACCCAGUUUGUGGACCGUUUAUUCAUCUUACUAGCUGAUUAUACAACUUUGAACGCAAAUGGCAAUAUCCGGGAGUAUGUUCGACAAUCUGUGGAAGUUUCUCAUCUAGUGUUCAAGGCUAUUACACAAGUAAUAAAAGAUGCCCCUUCUUUUGUGCUUACAUCGAAACGUUUGCAACUGUUGUUGACUUACGUUGAAACCGAUAUUGUUGACAAUCAGAAACAGGCAGUAGCAUUCCCACUUAUCAAGGCAAUCAUCACUCGCAAACUUCAGGAUCCAAAGAUCAUUGAAAUCGUUCAGUAUAUCGCAGAAACUGCCGUUAUGUCAGAAAUUUCGCAUAUUCGAGAGCUGUGCAGACAGGUAAUAUCGCUCUUUGUUACCAACCAUCCGCAAUGUAAAAAACCGUCGAAAUAUGUUGAAUUCUUCUUAGAACAACUUGAUUAUCAGCAUGAAGACGGCAGAAGGUCUGCAAUUGAAACGCUGAACAUACUUUUUGAGAAGCUUACAAUGGAAAUUAAUGAUCAUUAUGCUUUAUUAGCGUUUGUGAAACUGGCAGCUCGAUUAAUGAAUGAUGAAAGUGCGGAAUGUCGUCAGAUGAUUGUGUUGGCUAUACAGAAAUUGAUAGUGUCUGUAUCGGAAUCUAAGCGAAAUGACCUCUAUUUGGCAGCAAGGGAUUGGCUUGAAAGUAAAAAGGAAGUGUACAUUUGUAUUGCCAUACAAACACUAGUAAUAUUUAUCAAAUUGGGAGGCGAAAAUUUUGGAAAUAUUUUCCGGGAAUUAUCACCUACACUGUCGAAAAUUUUCCGUGCUGAUAUUUUAUAUUCAUAUUCUGAAGAAAGUAUUGGUAUCAUGAUUGAUAGCCUUAAUUUUUUGAUAAGUGAACACAAGAACCAAAUGAUGCAGUUUGCUGAAGAAGGAUUAUUGGACUCUAUUUUAAGAGAAAUGGGUCCGUUAGCGCGAUGCAGUAAAUCACCCACUAUCCAGUUAUCUGCAGCUCGAUUUCUUGGCUCAGUGUUUUCCACUUUGAAUAAAGAAUACAUAUUAUCACGGAGCGAUCCAUCUUCUCGGGAGUUCAUGCAGUGGACAUUGGCACAGAUGAAAACUUAUCGGCUAACUAGCGAAUUAGCUGAACAAAUAGCAAAGAACUUGGUGUACCUUCUCGAGGCAGUUUUACAUUCGGAUGAAGAUCUUCAAUGGCUUUGUCAUAGACUGAGUGUGUUGUGUAACUUUGAGUUGGUCAAACUGCCGACUGAAACGAUUCGAAGGAUUAAUAUUUUCAAAGUGACAGCAGCUAUCGUCUUCAAAAUUGAUGCUAACCGAAUUGAUGUUGUAGUACAAUCAUUAUUACCUUCUCUCUAUCGUGAAAUGCAAAUCAAAUCAACACAGAACACCGAAAUAUUACAAAAGGUCGCGUUAGAAGUGGCAGAAACAAUAAAAGGAAGGAUUGGUGAAGAGGAAUUUACAAAACGUGUAGCUGAGUGUCAUAAAUUGUUCGCUUCCAAACUUGAAGGAAGGAAACGAAAACAAAAGGAGGAAGCUGUUUUGGAUCCAGCUAGCAUGGCACGGAAAAAAAUUCAAAAAAAUAAAAUGAAACGAAGGGUUAAAAAAAGACGAGUAGCUGAGUGA